AUGGAAGGAAAAGUAUCAAUAAAGGAGGAUGUAUAUAGUUUUGGGAUAAUGUUGCUAGAGAUGUUUAUGGGAAAGAAGCUGACAGAUGAUAUGUUUGGUGAUGAAAAAGUAAGGGUAAGUGAAGCACUAGAACAAAGUACAGCAAUUGAAAUGGAAGGAAAAGUAUCAAGAAAUGAGGAUGUUUAUAGUUUUGGGAUAAUGUUGCUAGAGAUGUUUACGGGAAAGAAGCCGACGGAUGAUUUGUUUGGUGAAGAAAUGAGCUUAAAAGUAUGGGCAAGUGAAGCAAUAGAACAAACUGCAGCAAUUGAAAUGGUGCAAACUACACUGUUAUCAAGUGAAGAUCAACAUUACUCUGCCAAGGAGGAAUGCGUUCUAUCAACAUUGGAAUUGGCGAUGAAAUGUUUAGCCAUUUCAGCAGAUGAAAGAAUCAACAUGAUUGAAGCAGCAACUGCUCUGCACAAAAUUCAUGCCUAG